AUGAACAAGGGUGAAGGUGACCAGAAUGUUCGUGAAAUGGUGGCUAUUUUCAAGGACGAUGGACAAAUUGAUAAGUUUGUUCUAAAAAAGGUCGGAGAAGAUGAGAAGCCUGAUGUUAAGGGUACUGGGAGUGGAAGCAGUAGGGUAAAACUCAUUAAAAACUACGAUGAUUUAAAAAAACCGAUGAUUCGGUAUUUAAAUGACGAAAAUGAUAAAUCAAAUCUUGCCAAAAAUGACACAACGCCUAAUAACGAGUUUGUUAAUAGCGAAGUUGGGUUAAAUAAUAUGAAUGUGAACAAUAAUGGUACGGUUGGGUUGGCUGACCCAGUUGGGUUGAAUGAAGAAUUUGUAGAUCCAAUUGACCCCUUUGAUGACGAAUUUCCUUCAACCACAGUGGUAAACGAUAUUGGGAACAAUAAUAACUUGAACCAGACUCCCAAUAACCUAAACGCCAACGCUACGAAUUUAAAUAAUUUGAAUGCUACUGGUGUUAAUAGGUUAAAUAUGAACACGAAUAUGUAUAUCCCUAACAAUAUGAACAAUAUUCCUAAUCUGAAUAAUAGCCCCAAUAAUAUGACCAAUGUACCCAUGAAUGUUAAUCCUCUAAUGGGUAAUAUGAUGAAUGAUAAUGGUGUGACUAUGGCCAAUGGAGUUAUGGGAAUUAGGAGGGACGUUUUUGAGGACAAUUUGGAGCUCAAGAGGAUGAUUAAUCGCAAUUUUGUACAACUUGAAAAUAACAUUAACAGACAAAAUAACGUUAUUAACACCAUGAUCCAGAAACAGAAUAACUUAAUUAAUACUAAACUUAACGAGAAUAGCAAUUUAUUAAACACAAAGUUGGAUGAAAGUAAUAACAAGUUAAACUCCAAGAUAGAGGAUAAAACUAGUCUACUUAAUAAUAAACUGGAUGAAAAGACUAGUUUAAUUAACAUUUUAGUGGGUAAUAACAACGUAAUUAACGAUAUUCUGCAGAAGCAAAACUCCUUCAUGUACAACGUCAUCAACGAUAGUGUUUUGGGUAAACUGAACAUUAUAAAUGAUAAUCUGAUAAACACAAUUGCUAUAAUUGAAAAUAAGCACAAGAUUCUAAUGGAAGAUUUAAUCAAGAGUCUAAACGACAACCUGACUGCUGUUGUCAAUAGUGUUUCAAACACACUCAACGACUCUACACAUCACAUCACCAACACAAUCAAUAACAACCUUGCUCAUAAUGUCACGCAUACUAUUACCAAUAGAAUUAAUGAUAGUAUAAACAGCAGUAUGGCUGAUGUGCACGACAUGCUUCACUCCAAUGUGAAUGUUUUGGAUGAAAAGAUUUCCAACAAUUUGUCCAACAUCAAUGAUAAGAUUAAUGAUAAAAUUCUUAACUUGGACAACGGAAUUGAAAGCAUUUCCAACAUUUUGGACUCAGUUACGAGUUCUCUGAAUGAUCUAGACGAUACUAUGAAGGUCAUUGAGGACCGAAUGGACCAAGUUGGUGAUAAAAUGAACCAAAUUGAUGAUCGCAUGGCUGUUUUAGACGACAAGUUAAUCGAGUUUGAGGAGAAGUUUGGUGAUUUGGAAGAGAAAAUGAGUGCUGUGGAUGACCGAGUUAGCGAAAUUGAUGAGAAUGUUAAUGAGAAAAUUAGUGCCCUCAACUUCUCAUUUGAUACUGUAAAUCAGAGCCUUGACUCAGUUAACGACACUAUAACUGAAGUGAACCAAAGUGUUGUCGGAGUCAAUGAUAAUGUAAAGGGAAUUAGUGACAGUGUUAAUUCAGUCACUGAUGGUCUAAAUGAGACUCUUAAAAACAGUUUAAACUCAGUCAAUGAUACUAUUAACACUGAUUUGAAGGAUAAUUUGUCCACUGUUACCAAGUCCUUAAAAACUGUCAACAAUUCCAUAACUGGCGUUAACAAUUCUCUAACCACUGUUAAUAAUUCUCUAAACACUGUCAACAAUUGUAUCAAUAGUGUUGAAAAUUCUCUUGAAGUUGAUGGGACUAUAAAUUCCCUCAACGACACUCUUGACAACUCUGUCAAUGCUGUUGGUCAGAGCAUAACUGGUGUUAACAACUCCAUCAACGCUCUUGAGAACGAUGUCAAUGAGGAGGUUAAAAGCAAGAUGAAGGAGUAUAAGAACAAGUUCAAGGACCUUGAUGUUAAGUUAGACCAGGUGAUCAUUAAGUUUAACGAGUUUUUACACACCUUCAACGACGAUAGGGAUAAGGACCGUCCUUUGGACUCUAAUGAUAUUCAAACUUUAAUAAACCUUUUAGUCAAUAAGCUUAACCAAUCUAAAUUAUCUGGUGACAAGGCUAAAACUAACUCCUGCUGUAAUGACGUUCAAAACCCUUGUUGUGAGACUGGUCAUAAUGCCUGUGGUGGUUCCAGUUCCAACACUGCUGAAAAUAAUAAAAAUUCUGGUGACAACAGUUGCUCGAGUUUUAACUCUUGCAAUUUUCCGAAUUUUAACACUCCUGACAAAAUCUACACCAUUCGUGACAAUUAUUCAGUUUCCAGUUUUCGAAAUGAGAACCAGAAUUCACCCAUUCCUGAUGACAAUAACUCAAAUGUCUUUAAUGAGUAUGUCUCAGGGUCUGUCCCUGACUAUCUUAACAUCUUUGGUGAUUCUUUCUCUGGUAAUUUUCAGCAUUCCAAAGAUACCACUGGCCACACUUUCUUCAACUCAGUCAAUACUGAUCACCACAAUGACAAUAAUCGUCUUCACAGCAACAACACUAUCAUUAGAUAUCCCAUUUACACCAAUAACAAUUUUGAUCCUGGUUUAACAUAUAAUUAUCAAACUGGUACCAACUUAGGUAAUAAUUAUCAAGGUGGUACCAAUUUAGGUGCCAAUUUAGGUACUAAUUAUCAACCUGUGACCAAUUUAGGUGCUAAUUAUCAAGGUGGUACCAACUUAGGCCCUAAUUAUCAACCCGGUGUUAUGCAUGAAAAUUACUAUUCUGAGACUUCAGUUACUUCGAAUAAUGGAAAUGUUAACUAUGUUAAUAUCAAUGGACAACUUGUUAAACACACUAGAGAAGUAUUAACUUUACCUGAAUACUUUAAAACUCUACACUAA